AUGCCUUCUAACCAAAACAAAAGCUUUGGUUUUCUACUAUUUUUUGCGAAACAUUUCAAUUUGGCGGACCGUUGUCCUACCUGGUCAAUCUCCGCACCAAGUGAUCCAGAAGAGUUACUGAAUGGCGUCCGUGACAACAAGUCUCCUCAUACAACGACAAUCCCGGUAGUACGAUCACCAGCUACAUCAUCUCCUCUAGCCAAUACAGUUCCAAGACGCUCCACUAGUCGAGCGGUUCAAAUAGAAAAGUACGAUUCGCGAACGAUCACCAUCCCUCCACCACAUCAACAACGACGACUAGAAACUCGUCCAAUAGAUGAAGGAGAAGAGCAACCUUCCCCUUCAAGACUUUGGUCUCCUAUUCAAGAAGAAGAACGAACACGACAACCUUCCGAUCCGGGAAUUACGCGUUGGGAAGAUAUUGACACGGAAAAUGAGAUUAGUAUAAAGGAAAGA